GUUCGAUAGUAUACAAGUUACAGUUAUCGAUGAGAUAUUGGAUGUUGAGUAGUUGAUAGGGAGGGAGAGCCUCCAACAAAACUUCGAGUGAACCCCAGUUUUCACGUCAGUUCCCGUUUCAACACGAACGUAUUAUAUAUAGCUCAAGGUCAACCAGUGAUUCCUGUCAAGUGGUCUUGGUAAUUUGAAGCAAAAUAGAUAAUAAAGUGUAACUGAAGGUAAAAAAUGGAACCUCUUUCGAAAUUAUUCCUUCGCUCUUGCAGACUCCGAAAGAAUUAUCAGAAUUAUCAGUGGAGAAGUAUCACUUCUCAACAAGUCUUUGACCGUGAAGAUAAAUAUGGUGCACAUAAUUAUCAUCCACUGGCCGUUGCAAUUAAUCGUGCAGAGGGUGUACAUAUGUGGGAUGUUGAGGGAAAACGCUAUUACGAUUUCUUGAGUGCGUAUUCGGCGGUUAACCAGGGACAUUGUCAUCCAAGGAUUUAUAAAGCCAUGGUUGAACAGGCUAAGAUUCUUACUUUGACUUCUAGGGCAUUUUAUUCGGAUGUGCUCGGAGAGUUUGAGGAACAUGUAACCAAAUUAUUUGGAUAUCAAAAAUGGUUGCCAAUGAACACCGGUGUGGAGGGUGGAGAAACAGCCUGCAAAUUAGCAAGAAAAUGGGGCUACAAUGUGAAGAAUAUUCCUGAGAAUUCUGCAAAAAUUAUUUUCGCGGAGGGAAAUUUCUGGGGAAGGACACUGAGCGCAGUUUCAUCGAGUACUGAUCCGUCCAGUUAUGCUGGAUUUGGACCAUUCAUGCCCGGAUUUGAAUUGGUGCCUUAUGACGACUUGGCAUCUCUUGAGAAGAAACUUCAAGACCCAAAUGUUUGCGCCUUCAUGGUAGAACCGAUUCAGGGUGAAGCUGGGGUAGUGGUUCCAAAGGAUGGUUACUUGAAAGCAGUGCGGGAACUUUGCACAAAACACAACGUCCUUUGGAUAGCAGACGAAGUCCAAACGGGUCUGGCUAGAACAGGAAAACGUUUGGCUGUCGAUUACGAGGACGUGAAGCCAGACAUCCUGAUUCUCGGGAAAGCUCUGUCUGGAGGUUUCUACCCAGUCUCGGGUGUUCUUGCAAACGAUCCAGUCAUGCUCUGCAUCAAGCCUGGAGAGCAUGGUUCCACGUACGGAGGCAAUCCAUUGGGCUGCCGUAUAGCCUUGGAAGCCCUCAAAGUCCUGGAGGAGGAGAAAUUAGCAGAGAAUGCUUACAAACUCGGACAGCUCCUCAGGAACGAACUCAAUAAAUUACCGAAAGACGUCGUAACUCUCGUCAGAGGAAAAGGCCUCCUCAAUGCAAUUGUCAUUAAUGAAAAAAUCGAUGCCAUGGAAAUUUGCGUAAAAUUAAGAGAUCAUGGACUUCUUGCCAAACCCACACACGGCCACAUCAUUCGUUUGGCGCCACCACUUGUUAUUACCGAAUCACAGAUACUCGAAGCCACUGAAAUUAUUUCAAAAGUCAUACUUAGCCAUCAAUGAUCACGUUGAUAAUCGAAGCUUCUUCAAUAAACUGUUCAUUCAUA